AUGGAGCUCGAUGUCGCUAGCGACGGGGAGGUGUAUGUCCGCUCUCUGCAGGAGGCAAAAUGGGAGAUCUUGAAGGGUGCGGACGCUGCGAAGGACUGGCAGCAGAUCCAAGGCAAGCACCCGUUCUUCCGAGACAUCAUCAAGGAUGCAGAGCAACAGGCGCGGGUGCUGGCCUCCGUUUUGGCGGCAACCGAAUUCGUUCUCCAGCAGUUGUUAUGCGUCGGCGAGAACAGCGCGGAAGUGGGGUUAGUUGAUGUGCAGGAAGUCAAGCACUGGCGCACCUCCCUCGCCGGCUUUCUGUCAAUUUAUGAGUCUUCUCCUGUUCCGACGCGAGCACGGUGGGAAACAGAGGUGCAGGGGUGCGGAGGCGAGGUUGACGUGAACGGGGAUGAAGAUGAUGAUGACGGCUCGUUCGUGGAGGCGCAUCUCAGAGAACUAGUACGGCAGUGUCUUGCCGCCGGAAAAAAGUGGUGCCGCCAGCAGCGUGGGGAUGACGGUGGCGUGCUUGCCGCGAAGUUGCGCGGCGCCGUAGCUGUUAUGGAUGCCUUUGCAGCGCCGCGGACGCUGGAGUGGUGA